AUGGCCAUGCCAGAGAAAUCAAGUUGUACCAAAUCAAGCAAGGAUUUCAGUCAUUUUCCCGAGAUUGUUGAACUCAAUGUGGGUGGUCAGGUGUACAUCACUCGCUAUCCUACUUUGGUCAGUGUUCCUGGCUCCCUGCUCUGGGAAAUGUUCAGUGAAAAGAAUCCUUGCUCCCUAAUCCAGGACAACAAAGGGAGGUUUUUUGUAGACCGGGAUGGUUUCCUCUUUCGCUAUGUGCUAGACUACAUGAGAGACCGGAAACUAGUGCUUCCUGACCACUUUCCAGAGUGUGGUCGGCUCCAGAGAGAAGCAGAAUACUUCAAGCUACCAGAGUUAGUGAAGAUGUUGGCUCCUAAAAUCAACAUGAUCAACUCAGUUGCCAAUGAUUUAUGCCAAAGUGAUCUAGAAGAGCUUCCCACCAACAUUGACAUCGCAUGUAAUCUCUCUUCAAGGAAUAACAUCCAAGUUAGUGGCCCUGAUAACCCCCCAGCUCUGACAGCAAAUACUGGCUCUGACCUCAAGAAGGCAGGUUUCAUCACUCUUGGCUAUCGAGGCUCCUAUACUCUGGGUCGGGAUAGCCAAACAGAUGCCAAAUUCCGCCGCGUGGCCCGAAUCAUGGUGUGUGGUAAGAUCUCAUUGGCCAAAGAAGUAUUUGGAGAUACUCUGAAUGAGAGCAGAGACCCUGACCGUCCUCCUGAGCGGUACACUUCUCGAUAUUACCUCAAGUUUAACUUUCUGGAACAAGCCUUUGACAAACUAGCUGAUGCUGGCUUUCACAUGGUAGCAUGCAAUUCCACUGGCACCUGCACUAUCACCCAUGACCAGACAGAUGACAAGAUCUGGACCUCUUACACUGAAUAUGUUUUCUGCCGGGAGUGACACUUAAAAGAAAUCACCCAGAAAAUACAAACCAAACAGCGAACUCUCUCUCUCUCUCUCUCUCUCUCUCUCUCUCUCUCUCUCUCUUCCUUUUGUUCCUGUGCAGCUAUACCUUUUAGAAAUAAACAGAUUAAUUUUGGAUCUACAAAUCUUGGACAAUGCCAUUCUCUUCACCAUAACCAUUUGAACUUUUGUUGGUAAUUUCCUUCUUACACAUUCCAUCCUAUCUGGCUUCCAACCAGCCUUGGCUUGUGGAGUUGGAUGUCAUUUCAUGGAAAAUAUU